AUGUUUGCGUACAUAGUGGGAAAUGAACAAACCUAUUUAUCUAUCUCUCUAUGUCAGUCUGUUCCUAUCUAUCUAUCUAUCUAUCUAUCUAUCUAUCUAUCUAUCCCUUUUCCUUUGUUCAUAUCUAUUUAUCUAUCUAUCUCUUUUUCUUUGUUCAUAUCUAUCUAUCUAUCUAUCUAUCUCUUUUCCUUUGUUCAUAUCUAUCUAUCUAUCUAUCUAUCUAUCUAUCUAUCUAUCUAUCCCUUUUCCUUUGUUCAUAUCUAUCUAUCUAUCUAUCUAUCUAUCUAUCUAUCUCUUUCCCUUUGUUCAUAUCUAUCUAUACCUUUUCCUUUGUUCAUAUCUAUCUAUCUAUCCCUUUACCUUUGUUCAUAUCUAUCUAUCUAUCUAUCUAUCUAUCUAUCUAUCUAUUUAUCUAUCACUUUUCCUUUGUUCAUAUCUAUCUAUACCUUUUCCUUUGUUCAUAUCUAUCUAUCUAUCUAUCUAUCUAUCCCCCUUUGUUCAUAUCUAUCUAUGUAUCUAUCCCUUUACCUUUGUUCAUAUCUAUCUAUCUAUCUCUUUUCCUUUCUUCAUAUCUGUCUAUACAUUUUCCUUUGUUCAUAUCUAUCUAUCUAUCUCAGUUUAUUUAUAUCUAUCUAUGUAUCUAUCUGUCUAUACCUUUUCCUUUUUUAUUCUGUUAAAUGUCUAUCUAUCGCUUUUUGUUAA